AACCGCUAUUUUCACAGCCCAAAACCAUUGAAAGUGCAACAAAUCAUACAUAAUCUGAAAGAGGACACUUUGGGCUUUCAGCAUAUGUGCUUAUCUCAAAAUCGAUUUUUUUCAAAAAAAAAUCAAUUUUCUGAGGGGGGGUUCCCCUUAACGGGAUUCUCUUGCGUUCGUAAAGCAUCAUCAUAUCUUUCCUCGUUUGGAAAGAGUCACUAGCAUGUUUGCUAGAAUAUUCAUCUUUCUUCAUGCAUUUCUAUUGUUUUAGGAUGAUUCCUUGAGUGCUAUCAAUUAAAUACUUACUGUUUCGAAACAGUCGACAUAGUGCGUAGAAAGUUUGAUUAACAAAAAAGAACUUCAAUAGUUUGUUCUUUGUACCUAGUGAGGCAUGGCGAACAUCAGAGCUAAACAACAUUGUGUGAAAUGCGACAAUGAUGCUGGUACUACUGUAUGUGGUGGAUGUCAGCAGUGGCUUUGUAAUAAUCAUUUUGCCCAACAUCGAGAGGAUCUCGACGAAGAGCUGAAUCGUAUUGAUCAAAAAUGUUACUCUUUCGACGAAAAAAUAUCUGAACACAGUGUCAUGGAUGCAUUUCAUUCACGCAUUAACGAAUGGAAAAGUGCAUCGAUUAAAAAGAUUGAAGAUGUGACAGAACAAACUCGAACUGAUCUAGAUAAUUAUUUCAAUAAGUCUAACACACGAUUCAAAGAAUUACUCGACAAAAUAAAGAAUGAACUAGCAUUGAGUCGUGGAUCAAAUAAUUAUACAGAGAUGGAAUUAGAAAGAUGGAAUGACCGAUUAAAUAAACUUCAACAAUUGCUUGAAAAACUAUCGGCUAUUACAAUAGUCGGAGACGAUCCAGUACAACCACGCAUUCGUAUCAUUCUACCAGAAGGUAUGUCAAAAUACAAUUAUGGAUUACAUAAUUUCUCUUUAAAGUCUCAACGUUAA